AGGGUCCCAGGAAAGGGUUUUGGGACGAUGAUGAAAAGACGCAAUAAGGGGCGAAGCAGAUGCUCCCCAAAGUGCUUUGACCAUUUCUUCUCCCUAGCGCGAACCAGAGGCCUUUCCUCCAUGGGCGAUGGGCAACCGAGUCUGUCCAUUAUGUGAAUUUAACGGCGCCAUUCACAAGGGUAUGCCCCACAAGUUCUACCAUGGCUGAACUGGGCGUGUCUGGAACAUCACCAAGCGCGCUAUUGGCAUGGAGGUUAACAAGCAGGUUGGGAACCGCAUCAUUAAGAAGAGGAUUCAUGUUCGUGUGGAGCAUGUCCAGCCCUCUAGAUGCACUGAGGAGUUCAGAAACAGAAAGUUAAGGAACGAUAAGCUCAAGGUCGAGGCCAAGUUGAAGGGUGAGGCCAUCAGCACCAAGAGGCAGCGAGAGGGUCCCAAGCCAGGUUUCAUGGUCGAAGGAGCUCAGUUGGAAACUGUUACCCCCAUUCCUUACGAUGUUGUCAACGAUCUCAAGGGUGGUUAUUAGAUCUUUUUAUGUAUUAUUUUUUCUUCUCAAUGUUCUGUUCUUGUUUGGUUUUGAUUUUGUUUUCAAGACUACCAAUGGAAACGUUUCCUUAAUUAGUUCAAGUAUUCGAAGCCGUUGUUAGUUUUCAUAUUUUGAAUACUAUUCUAAGUACAAUUUUGUUUU